AAUGCGUGCGCAACUACCUCGAGCCAUUAGCCAGCGCUAGAACGCAGACACCAAGUCAAGACCCCAAAAGCCCCACACUUGACGAUAAAAAGUAAUCCUCCAUUUUAUGCAGCAACUGUAACCAAGAUUUAAGAAGCUCUCAUCUUACAGGUUUUGCAAAGACCCUUUUCGAAGAAGGAGAAGCUAUGGCUGCAGCUUUGGUAGGAGGGUCAAUUCUCUCUGCUUCCCUUCAAGUUUUGUUUGAUAGAAUGGCGUCUCGUGAGGUUUUAGACUUCUUCAAGGAGCGAAAACUCAAUGAAAGGCUGCUUAAGAAGUUGAAGAUUAUGAUGAUAUCUGUCAAUGGAGUGCUUGAUGAUGCAGAGGAGAAGCAGGUUACCAAGCCAGCUGUGAAAGAGUGGCUUGAUGAGCUUAAAGAUGCCGUGUAUGAAGCAGAUGACUUGCUGGAUGAGAUUGCUUAUGAAGCUCUGCGGUUGGAGGUGGAAGCUGGAUCACAAAUCACCGCUAAUCAGGCACGCAGCACUUUGUCUUCUAGUAAAAGGGAGAAGGAAGAGAUGGAAGAAAAGUUGGUAGAGAUCCUUGAUAGACUUGAAUAUUUAGUACAACAAAGGGAUGCCCUUGGUUUGAGGGAGGGUGUGGGAGAAAAACCAUCAUUACAGAAAAUACCAACAACUUCUUUGGUGGAUGAUAUUGAUGUUUGCGGUAGGGAUCAUGAUAAGGAAGCUAUACUGAAGUUGUUGCUAUCUGAUGUUUCAAAUGGGAAAAACUUAGAUGUGAUUCCCAUUGUUGGUAUGGGUGGAAUCGGUAAGACUACUCUUGCUCAGCUUGUCUACAAUGACCGCGGAGUGCAGGAGUCAUUUGAUCUCAAAGCAUGGGUCUGUGUUUCAGAAAAUUUUGAUGUUUUCAAGAUAACAAAUGAUGUCCUUGAGGAGUUCGGUUCGGUGAUUGAUGAUGCCAGGACUCCAAAUCAGCUUCAACUAAAGCUAAGGGAGAGAUUAAGGGACCACAAAUUUCUGCUUGUUUUAGAUGAUGUUUGGAAUAAUAGCUAUGCUGAUUGGGAUAUUCUAAUGAGACCUCUAAAGUCGGCAGGACAGGGAAGCAAGAUUAUUGUCACGACACGCAAUGAAAGCGUAGCAUCAGUCAUGCGUACUGUUGCAACUUACCGUCUAAAGGAAUUAACCAACGAUGAUUGCUGGUUCUUGUUUGCAAAACAUGCAUUUGAUGAUGGAAAUUCAUCCCUACAUCCAGAUUUGCAAGUAAUUGGAAGAGAAAUAGUGAGAAAAUGUAAAGGCCUGCCGCUAGCUGCAAAAACACUUGGGGGUCUCCUUCGCUCCAAAAGAGAUGCUAAGGAGUGGAUGAAGAUAUUGAGGAGUGAUAUGUGGGAUUUACCAAUUGACAACAUUCUUCUAGCUUUGAGAUUGAGUUAUCGUUAUCUCCCAUCACAUCUAAAACAACGUUUUGCUUACUCUGCAAUAUUUCCUAAAGGUUAUGAAUUUCAAAAGGAGGAAUUACUAUUUCUAUGGAUGGCAGAGGGUUUUAUAAACCAACCUAAAGGAAACAUGGAGAUAGAAGAUUUGGGCGAAGAGUAUUUUCAUGAUCUUGUAUCAAGGUCAUUUUUUCAACAAUCAAGUGGCUAUACAUCAUCAUUUGUUAUGCAUGACCUAAUAAAUGACUUAGCAAAAUUUGUUUCUGGAGAAUUUUGCUGCAGGUUAGAGGAUGACAAUUCAAGUAAGAUUAGUAAAAAGGCCCGUCAUUUAUCGUUUGCAAGAAUACAUGGUGAUGGCACUAUGAUACUGAAAGGUGCUUGUGAAGCCCACUUUUUGCGUACACUUUUGCUUUUCAAUCGGUCAUACUGGCAGCAGGGGAGACAUGUUGGCAAUGGGGCAAUGAACAAUUUAUUUCUGACAUUCAGGUGCUUACGGGCACUGUCUCUGUCUCUGGAUCAUGAUGUAGUUGGUUUGCCUAAUUCAAUUGGUAAUCUGAAGCAUUUGCGAUACUUGAAUCUAUCUGCAACAUCAAUAGUAAGGUUGCCUGACUCUGUGAGUACUUUAUAUAAUUUGCAAACAUUAAUUUUGCAUGAAUGCAAAGACCUCAUUGAGUUGCCUACCAGCAUGAUGAAAUUGAUCAACUUAUGCCAUCUUGAUAUUACAAAAACAAAGUUACAAGCGAUGCCAUCGCAAUUAAGUAAGCUAACAAAACUCCUUAAGCUAACUGAUUUCUUUUUGGGAAAACAAAGUGGGUCAAGCAUUAAUGAGUUGGGGAAGCUCCAGCACCUAAGAGGAACACUCCGCAUUUGGAAUCUUCAAAAUGUCAUGGAUGCUCAGAAUGCAAUAAAAGCCAAUUUGAAGGGUAAACAACUGCUUAAGGAGUUGGAGUUAACUUGGAAAGGUGAUACUAAUGAUUCACUGCAUGAAAGACUCGUACUGGAGCAAUUACAGCCUCAUAUGAACAUUGAAUGCCUUUCAAUUGUUGGUUAUAUGGGUACUAGAUUUCCAGAUUGGAUAGGAGAUUCCUCGUUCUCAAAUAUAGUUUCCUUGAAGCUCCUUGGCUGUAAAUACUGCUCCUCCUUACCUCCACUUGGACAGCUAGUGUCUCUUAAAGAUCUCCUGAUCAAAGAAUUUGGUGAAAUCAUGGUUGUUGGUCCCGAGUUCUAUGGAAGUUGCACAUCCUUGAAGAAGCCAUUUGGAUCCCUUGAAAUUUUGACAUUUGAAGGGAUGUCAAAAUGGCACGAGUGGUUUUUCUAUUCAGAAGAUGAUGAAGGUGGAGCUUUCCCUCGCCUCCAAAAGCUUUACAUAAAUUGUUGUCCACACCUAACAAAAGUCCUGCCCAACUGUCAACUUCCCUGUUUAACAACACUUGAGAUCAGGAAAUGUCCACAGCUUGUGUCUUUACUUCCAAGGAUUCCGAGCUUCCUUAUAGUAGAGGUGGAAGAUGAUUCUCGAGAAGUGUUGCUAGAGAAAUUGUCUUCUGGGCAGCACAGCCUCAAACUUGACCGACUGAAGUCCCUUGACUCCCUAUUAAAGGGAUGCUUGUCCACUACAGAAAAAAUUCUAGUAAGGAACUGUGAUUCACUUGAGAGCUUCCCACUGGACCAGUGUCCUCAGUUAAAGCAUGUUCGGAUCCAUGGAUGUCCAAAUCUCCAAUCCCUUUCUUCACAUGAAGUAGCUCGUGGGGAUGUCACAUCUCUCUAUUCCUUGGAUAUCAGGGACUGCCCCCAUUUGGUAUCUUUUCCCGAAGGAGGAUUAGCUGCUCCAAAUAUGACAGUGCUCCGGUUGCGGAACUGCUCUAAGAUGACGUCACUGCCUGAAUAUAUGGACUCCCUUCUCCCGUCCCUCGUGGAAAUUUCUUUAAGAAGGUGUCCAGAACUUGAGUCAUUUCCAAAAGGGGGAUUGCCCUGCAAAUUAGAAUCACUUGAGGUCUAUGCAUGCAAGAAACUCAUUAAUGCCUGCUCAGAAUGGAAUUUGCAAAAACUCCACUCUCUUUCACGCUUAACUAUUGGUAUGUGCAAAGAAGUGGAAUCCUUCCCUGAAAGUUUGCGGCUUCCACCCAGUCUUUGUUCUCUUAAAAUCUCAGAACUCCAAAAUCUGAAAUCGCUGGACUACAGGGAACUUCAACACCUUACCUCUCUUAGAGAAUUGAUGAUUGAUGGUUGCCCUAAGCUCCAGUCAUUGCCAGAAGGACUGCCUGCCACUCUUACCUCUUUUAAAAUAUGGGCACUUCAGAAUCUGGAGUCUCUAGGACACAAGGGAUUUCAACACCUCACUGCUCUUAGAGAAUUGGAGAUUGAGAGCUGCCCCAUGCUGCAGUCCAUGCCAGAAGAACCAUUGCCCCCCUCUCUCUCAUCUCUAUAUAUCCGGGAGUGUCCUUUGCUGGAAAGUAGGUGUCAGCGAGAGAAGGGGGAAGACUGGCACAAGAUUCAGCAUGUUCCUAACAUACAUAUCUAUGCAACAUGCUGAGGUAUUAUAAUCCAAAUUCAAUAUCAAGAUUCCUAGUGCUGUUGCAUGCUAAUUCUGUUUUGAAGCAUCAUAUUUUUAACAGAUAUAAAGCUACUUUUAAAUCCAUUGGUGACAAACACACCUAGAUGCACAAGUGCGAGCGUGCACAGGCAGAUGUGUGGUGGUGCUUUUUGACUUUGAAUAUCCAUGGCAUGCUUCUUUAGUACCUGGUGGGAUUCAGAUGUAAAUUCAUAAUAAAUCACUUUCAUGUUAUUAGGAUUGAUUUACUAAAUGAAAUAGAUUCCUUACAUAAAUAUCUUAAUUGGUGCUGCUUAUGAGAGUAUAGUGUUGCUCAAUUUCGAAGGGAAAGGAUUCAGACUAAUGCAUUUUCAUAUAAGGAAUAUCUAGAUGGUGCUUCUGCUUGGUAUGUGGAGUGGUCAUGCACUAAUUGGAGGCUUAUGGUGAGCAUAGUAUUGAUAUUGGAACUGAUUUCAAAUUUGGUUCAGAAAUUACACUUGAAAGACUGAAGCUCGGGCACAGGAUUUUGUGUUAUCAAAUAUAGUUGAUGGUCAUUUCUGCUUGGAGUGUUGCCUGCUGAUUCACCAUUCAUCGGUUAGCCCGACAUAUUUUGGAGCUAUAUUCCAGUCUUCCAGAGUUUCCCUGAGUUUUGAGGCCAAUCCAUGUUGCAAAUCCAAAUUCUUUCUCAGUUGUCUGACUACGUUGAAGAUGAAACAUCAUGUAUGGCUAAAGCUUGAAUGGCAAUUCUGUAGAGACAAAGCUGACCACCUGUUUCAGAACACUUGAAUGUAGUUAAAUCUGCAAAAAGUCUGUCCACGCUGUCAAAACAUGAGCGUAAACAAAAGCUUAACAGGCCAUGUUCAGAUUUCAAGAAACAAGGCCGUUACCACUGCGGCUGAUAAGAGUUUAACGUCCCUCAAUUUUGAAGGUAUGAAUCAUACCUUGUAAAUGGGAUUCUGAGGUAGGAGCUCGUUUUCAAGUGGGCAUUCAUCUCUCAGAACUGAAGCUUCAGAAUGAGCUUUCGCAUUUUCAAGAGCAGCUGAUAAGCAAAUGUUGUUAUGUGUUGAUUCAUCUAGUUUAGUCCCACAGCUAUCACAACAUAUGUUCAGAAAGCAAGAUGUAGCAACAAUGAAGUAACUCUCGAUCUUUCCAUGUUAGUUCAGGAAUUUGUGUCUUGUAAAUUAUAAUGCCAUGCAUGUACGAGGAUUAAGUUCACAAACAUGCACCGAAUGAUGUUUUCUCUUGUACUUGAUUUGCAAGCAUGCUUUAUUUCCAUGGAUGACAGUUUCUCCCGGGGAACUGCUCCCAUGUGUUGGAUUAA